CAGAACGAUCGUCGAUUUUACGUGGUAAUGUGGAAAAAGGAGCACCAAACCUACUGGAAGCAGGAACCCUUCCGGGCAGUCGGAGACGCGGGGGUUCAAAUAAAGGUGGUGCACUCGAUUGAGGGCCCUGGCGAGAUGAUGCGGAACUCCCUGUGGCACAGGGAGGGCAAGGAAGAUGAGACGAGAAACCUUUUCAACGAUGAGAACAAAAUAGGCUGGCAGGCUAAAACCUCAUACAGAUGGGAGCUCAUGCACAGACCUAGCAUUGGCCUCAUCAGAGUGAAAUUUUUCAACGACAAGCGUUUGAUAGUGGACUCUGGCGAUCUAUUUGACAAUACAUAUCGCGGCGGUAGGGUGGGAUUGUUCUGCUUCUCUCAGAGUAAAGUCAUCUGGUCAGACCUAGUGACCAGAUGUAACGGUCAGUAUUUGUCUGUCUGUGUGUCUGUCUGUGUGUUUGUUCGUGUGUUUGUUUGUGUGUUUGUGUGUGAGUGA